UCUUUAACAAGAGCCUAGAUAGCUUGCAGCAAAGAACAAUAUGCAUAUGUGCACUUUUGAUAACAAGCAAUCCUUUUGCAUGGGGCUCAUGUGUAAGUGACUGGGCGUAAUGAAAGAAAAACUAAAACAGCACGGAAUUGGAUAAGAAAUGAACGUUAUUAACAUAAUAACGGUGAACAGCGGUUUGGGGAAGGGAUCCGUUACUGUAACUCGAGGAUAUAUCGAAAGAUAUGAGCGUUAUGCCGUUACGCCGUUACACGUGUCGCGAUACCCGCCAGUAGGAAGCAACGAAAGCCGUCGCCCGCCGCUCGAGCUCCGGCAACUUCCCACCGAUUUCAGUCCUAUCCAACGGCCCAGCUUGCUCUUCACCUCCCUAGAUAUAUUCUCAGUUCCCUUCUCUUCCGGCUCCCAAAAUACCCCUCGAGCUCCGAGAAGUUGGAUGGGUCUCCUUCUUCUUCGUAAAAUGGACCUCCUCGGAGGGCCACUGGAGGCUCUGAUAUUCCGCUACACCGCCGCCAUCGCCGGCUCCCUCUGGGCGUGGCUCGUCGUCCUUGCCGCCGCCCUUGGCAUCUGGCGCAUCCGAGCCGUCGGAUUCAUAUCCGCCGUCCCUCCGCCUCUCAAGCCUCCGGCUCCUCUGGAUCCCACGAUAGCCGAAUCCGGUUCGGCUCCGGCGUCGGCCGAGCCGUCACCUAGCGGCCAAGCUGACGGCAACGCCACGCCGAAGGCCCAGUUCAUAGAGUACUUCCACGCCGAUGACGGCAGUGACGAGAAGGAGCGGGGUGACGGCGAGGCGACGGAGGAGGAGGAGGAGGAGGCGACGUGGGGAUGGGCGCGGAGGAUAGUCAGGAAGCGGGGACAUCUGGGUUGUUUCCCUGACCUGGACCGGACGGCGUUUAACGGAAGCGUGGACAGGCUGUGGGAAGGCAACGUAGACCUGACGGUGACGGCGGGGAGGGUGAGACGGCGCCCGCAGGGGUGGAAUGGGAAUUAGCGGAAAGAAAUCAUUUUUUUUUUGAGAAUAAGGUGAGAAAUUAAAUAUUUUGCGGUGUAUAUAUACUGUGAUUAGUUUGGCCGGCGACUGCGUGCCGAAAAUUUGCUUCUGCAGAAAUUUUUUUUUAUUAUUUCGA